AUGGUGCUAGGCCUUGCGUCGGCGGUGGGGGAUGCUACCAAACCUGGCCCUAGCAAUAAGGAUCUUCGCGCAGCCGCUUUGAAUGCCAUCAAGGCCAUUGAGAUGGUCACCAUCAUGCGCAAAAUCGACUACGAGUCCUUUCGUAUGCCUGCCAUGGAAAGCGCCGACGAAUUUACGGGGGACCGGAAGGUUAACUUCAAGACCUGGGAGCUGGUUCUUCCAGGCGCGCCAAAGGCGAGGGAGCUCGAUCUCGAGGCAACUAUCGAGGCGAACCCGUCGCAGUCCAAUAUUGCGGAGAGAAUCGCCCGGUGGGAGGAGGACGUCUAUUUGGCCGACAACAUUCCGAACGAGGACGGAAUCAUGGAAGGCGGUCGGCUCCUUACUAAGGGCGAGAUUCGAUCUUAUCACAAGGCAGCCAUUAGAACGGCGGAAAGGGCUGAGCGACUCGCAAAGAACCUGUCGUGCUGA